GUUCGGCAUCACCAACCAGUGGAUUGCCAGCUGCAAAGUUUUCCAGCGCGAGCACUCGCGGCGUGGGAGAGGAAGAGUCAGCAAAGAAGGCAAAGGUGGCAGAGGAGGGUGGCAAACGGAGGCCAUCACGCUCGAGAAGCCACCGAUGAAAGCGAUGUGGUGGCGGCACCUGCAAAAAAAACAAAGAAAGCGGCUGGCGCAAAGGAGCAGUACCUACAUAACCCUUUCGACAUUCCUUCCCAGGUACUCGCGGUCGAAAAUUUUGCAGCUGGCAAUCCAUUGGUUGGUGAUGCCGAACACGAUACUCUGGCCAGCUGACAGGCGUCUCAGGCAUGACGCCUACCCCCUCCUUUGCGCGGCCGCAAGUGCCCGCUCGAAUGUGGCCGCUGUGCUGCAAACGAACGAGCACAAGCGCCACUGGGGAAAGCCCAUGUCAGCUGGGGAUGCCGAAAUCCUUAACUGGACGAGGUCUCAGCUGCACAAGGCCAGCCAAGAUCUGGACAUCGUUUGCAAUUUCGCGAGAGAGGCUGCUGGCUAUCCAAAUAUGACCAACGCAAGGUCAUUAUAUAUACGCAUUGGACAAACCUCAUCUGGCCCUGCAGAUGUACCUAGCUAGGGUAGGAAUUUUCUCUUCGGCCUUACAUGGCAGCCUCACCAUGGAAGAGCGCGAGCGGGUGGUACUAAGAGUUUCAACGCGACGAUGACCAUCCAUGUACCCGAUUGGCUGAAUUCUUGGGUACAUUCAUGUACGUGAUAAAAAUACGUGAUUAUAACACCACCUCUAUUGCUUGGUUGGAGAGUUAAACAUAAAAACAAAAACAAAAAAGAAUCCUGCCCCGGAGAGACUCGAACUCU